UGAACAUUAGUCAUGCAAUCAUCAUUGGUGUUAUCACAUAAAAAUUAUGAGCCUUUACAGUCGUAAAAUUAUCUAAUAAUUGUAAAGCUAAAUUAGAGCAAUUCAGUGAAUCGCCAUAACAUAUUGUUAUUUAUUUAACUUUAAUUUCUAUAUUUUUGUGAAAGUUUAAAUCAUGUCACAAACUGUAUUCCCAAAUUUAGGUGUUCCAUUUGUUGGACCUAUAAAAAAUAAUUUGCAACAAGGCACAGUUAUUUCAAUUUCUGGUACUUCAUUUCAAUCAGCAAACAGGGUUUGUGUAAAUCUGCAAGUUGGUCCCAAUAUAGCUCCUAGAGAUCCAGUUGCUCUCCAUGUUGCAUUAGAUUUUACGCGUAAUGCAAUUAUUAGAAAUAGCAUACAAAGUUCAAAUUGGGGCAAUGAAGAGAGUUUUGGUUCUCCUAUUUCACUUAUUCGUGGUCAAUAUUUCACCUUGGAUAUAUUAUGUGAUGCAUAUGACUAUAAAAUAGCUUAUAAUGGUACUCAUUAUACUGAAAUGAAACAUAGAAUGCCAUUCCAGAGUGUAUCAUAUUUAGCCAUUGAUGGAGAUUUUCAAAUGCAAAAUUUGAGAAUACAAACAGGGGGUAAUGGAUCUGCCAUGCCAACUCCAGGUUUUAUGCCAAUGCCAGGACAACCAGGAAAUGUACCGACAACUGGUCAUAUGUCUAUGCCUGGACCACCACUAGGAUGUAUUCCAAAUUCACCAAAUUAUAGUGCUUACCCUGGACAAACUCAUUAUUCCCCUUAUUUACAAAAGAAUACUGGAUCUCCCAUUAAAGAUGCAAUGAAUACUGGACUAACAAAUUAUGCUUUAACUGGUCAUUUAAGUCCGAAAAAAGCAGCCAAGGCCCAUAGAAAGCAAUUAAAAAAAGCUGCAAAAUAUGGUGUUCCAAUAGCAGCAACUGGAGCUGGUGUGGGAGUUGGCAUGGGAGCUUAUGCUUUACAUAAAGCACACAAAAAACAUAAACACAAAGGCUAUAAACACCAUAAAUCUUCAUCGAGUAGCAGUAGUAGCAGUAGUGAUUAAAUUAAACAUAAACUGUUUAUACCAUAAUUUUGGUUAAAAAAAAAUAAUUAAUUUUAUUAAUUUUGUUUUUGUAUUAACCCAUAAUAUUAUAUCUAUUGUUGCUUUAUUGAUAUAUAUAUAUUUUUUUUAUUUGUAUAAAAUAAGUUCAAUAAAAUUGUUUUAAUAAAAAUUAAAUUAUCAAUAUUUAAUUAAUAAUAAGUAUCUUAAAGCUUUUGUAAUUAUUUGUAUUUUUAGUUAACCAAAUAAUUAGUUAGUCUCAUGCAACGUUUUUUAAAUUUAAAAAAAGUGUAGCUGUUCUAUUGAAAAAUAUAUUUUUUUUAUAUUUUUGUUUUUAUUAAAAAAAAUACUAAAAUAUGACUAAUUCUAGUAAACUAAUACUUAGUAGUAAGAAAGGACAGGAGAUAAGAUAAUCUUCCAAUGAAUAAACAAAAAAAUUUUAUAUAAUAUUUUUUUGGCUAAAAUUGUACCUAGAUAAAAAAUUAGUUUUAAUUAUGAUCAAUUUUAAUAAUGUAUAAUACCUUCACACUGCUAUGUAUUUUUUUAUUUUCACUAAAUAUCUUUUACUUUAUUGUACCUUGUAAUUACUCAAAUAAUUUUUUUUUUAAUUCUAAAAUUUCAAUAAUAACCACUAAGAAAUAUUUGAAUUCUGUAUUUUAUUAGAAUAGAAAAAUUAGAUUACUAG